AUGGAAAAUGCAUUCCCCAGUUGCAUGGAAAAUACAUUCACAUAUCGUAUAGAAAAUAUGUUCACGAAUCCUAUAGAAAAUACGUUCAUGAAUCCUAUGGAAAAUACGUUUACGAACUAUAUGGAAAAUAUGCUUACAAAUCAUACAUGUGAGACACUUACAAAUCAUACGUGGGAUGCAUUUACAAAUCAUAUAUCAGAUUCGCUUACAAAUCAUACAUGGGAUUCACUUACGAGUCACCAAAGUGACACAUUUACAAAUUAUAUAGACGAUACGUUUACAAAUAUUAUACCUCAAAUAAAUGUCUCUAAUACUAUAGUUGUUGACAAGAACACCGGGAUUGACAAUGAUGAAUCAGAUAGUGAUUCUUGCGAAGCAAUUCAAGACACUACGAAUCGUAAUGAUACAGACGAUGAAAAUUCUUAUAUUUUAUUGGCACUGUUUGCCGAAUUUUUUGCGGGAUAUUUUCCUUCUAAUUAUAGUUACAUGAUUCAACGUCUUAUAAAAUUGCCACCAUACUAUACUUAUGAGGGCUUUAAAAUAUAG